AUGAGCGUACAAUCAACACUCGCCCCGCCGGCUAAUGACCGCGCCUCCUUUCUCGACCUUGGUAUCACGCUCGCUUUGAACAACUGGCCCGCGCUCACACUCGCCGUGCAGUCAAACUGGGGUGGCCCUACCUCCAAUGACAAGCGCGCUUGGCUCUGCGGUGCCAUCUCCGAGAUGCUGAGCGACCGGCCGGAGACUGAUGCCGAGGAUCUAGAGGACGUCUUGAUUCAGGUCAUGAACGACGAGUUCGACGUUGUCAUUGACGACGAGAGCGCUGCGAUCGUGGCGACUGAGAUCAUGGAGAUGAAGCAACAUACAGAUCGCGAUAACUUCGCUGAAAUCCAGGCAAUGUGGGAGGUGUACCAGCGCAAGAGCCAGGAGAAGUCUGCUUCUGCAGCCAUGUUUAAGAAGGUUGAUGCUCAGGACGAGGAUCAGGAGACUGAUGAGGAGAGUGACGAGGAGGAUGACGUUGAGAUGGGCGAUGCCCCUGCUUUGGUGCGUGCGCCGAGGGAGAAGGCUGAGCCUGAGAUUGAUGAUGAUGGAUUCACCAUGGUUAAGAAGAAGAGGUGA